CACAGUGGGAGAUGAGCGCCCGCCUGGUACAUGGAGAUCCCGAGCAUUGCACCCCAUGACCCCUAGCACAACCCUUCUCCAGCAUCAACUACCUCUUAAUCGGCUACUGCUAACAAUCCUUUAACAUUAGUAUUUUAUAUUUAUGUAUUAUUUAAGUUGCAAAUAUUUUAUAUAUUUUUGUAUAUUCUGAAGCUAUCUAUGCACUUAAGUUAAAACAAAACCCCUAGGGGACCACCGACUUAGAAUUGGAUGUUCGUAUAAUACCUGCUUCCGACUCCUGCAACAAUGCACACAGUGCAGAAAGAUACAACUUUAACCAAGAUCUUUGUUGGGGGGUUACCCUACCACACUACGGACUCAUCCCUCAGGAAAUACUUUGAGGUUUUUGGGGACAUAGAUGAAGCAGUUGUGAUUACGGACAGACAAACGGGCAAAUCAAGAGGAUAUGGCUUUGUGACUAUGUCUGAUCGAGCAUCUGCUGAUCGCGCAUGUAAGGACCCCAACCCAAUCAUUGAUGGCCGGAAAGCCAAUGUCAACCUUGCCUACUUGGGAGCAAAGCCAAGGAAUAUCCAAAGUGGUUUCACUAUAGGUGUACAACAGUUACAUCCUGCCUUCAUUCAGAGGCCAUUUGGGCUAACGCCACAGUACAUCUACCCACCCACUCUUGUCCAGCCAAGUGUGGUCAUCCCAACACCAGUCCCAUCCCUGCCAUCUACAUACAUUGACUACAAUGCUGCUACUCAUGCCUACACUCACUAUACCACUGCAGCCUAUGAACAGUAUCCAUAUGCAGCCUCUCCUGCAGCUGGGUAUGUGGGUUAUGGCUACACCAGUCCAGUGCAACAACCAAUAUCUGCUACCGCACCUGCGCCCACAGCCUACAUCCAAUACCAGCCUCAACAGCUCCAGCCUGACCGGAUGCAAUGAAAGACGAUAUGCCUAAUCUUCCUUGUACUAUAUUAUUUUUAUUUUUUUCACUGGAAGGAAAUGAUGCAAAAAAUAAUUGUAAUAACCAGAAGUAAAAUUACUUUGAGGGGGUUUAAAAAUACCCACUUUUUUUUUCAGUUGCAUUUGUGAAGACAUCCCAUUUUCUUUCUUCUGUAUAAAAGGAUCCCAGCGUAAGGGAAAGGGAGAAACUUAACCAUUUAACUUUUUUUUUUCUGUAGCCCCCCCAAAAAAAUUACAAAAAAAGAAAAGCUAUGUGAAGCCUUACAGUUUUUUUUUUCCAAUAAAUAUUUAUUAACUUUUUCAUUUGAGCUGUGGAUUGCAGAACAAAUUUAAGUACACCAUUUUUUUUUUUAAUUUUUUUUUUUUUUUCUUCUCUCUCUAAAUUAUUUUUUCCUUUACUGACUAUAUCAAUAUGCAAAGAAAGGAGCAUUGACUCUUUAACUCUUUCAGUGCAAGCUUGGCUCAGGAGCAGCAAAAGCACGGAACUCUGUAGUCAAAGCACUGUAAUAUUUUAUUAUUGUAACUGUUCAGUUUAAAUAGGUAUAUUAAAAAUACACAUUGUAUAACA